UGGCCCCUUUAAGAACCCCGGGCCGUUUCUAUGGUUACUACUUGUACACAAAGAGCUGGCGGCAGUAGCUGGGAAGAAAAGUGCUACUUUCACACCUUGCCAGACUGCAACCAUGCUUGAGGAAUCUCAGCCAAGACCCCAAACAGGGUUAGACCCGUCCAUGAACCGUCAUCGACCUGCAUCAGAAAAAACACAGGACAUUUCACAUUUAUUGGCAAGCAUCUUCAAGGAUCUCUACACAACAGAGAUUAUUGGGAAAGACACAGUUGCCAUUCUCACCAAGACAAGAAGGGGAGGCAACAACUACCAUGACAAAUAUGUGGAGGAUCUUCAACAGGUCCAUUCAGAGUACAGCCGUCGGAUGCGUGAUGCUGACAUGUUGGAGAACCACAUCAUUCAGGCUCGGAUCCAGGCCACGGCCACAGAGAGCAGGGCCCACACCAAGGUGGUGGAGGAGGUGGGAGAGGCCUACCAACAGCUGGGUCUGCCUCCAGUCAGGUGGACCUUCAUGUGGUGUGUUGACAACGGCCUUCUGAAGAGUAACAACUUGAUCUGUCCAGAAGACUACAUCACAGGACUGAACCCGCUCAUCAAAGCCCCCAGAGCCAUGUCCGCCCCAGGCUUUGCCAAGCCGACUGUGUCCUACAACAGACACAUAUGCUACCUUCCCCAGGACGAUGGCUACACAGUGAUCCCUCCCCCAGAGCGGACAGCCCAGAGCUUGCUGGAGGAGUCAGAAACGUCCCUCACCCUUGCCUGUAGCUCAGACACCUGCACCCCCCGAAGCCUACCUAGCCAGAAGGUGUGCCGAGUGAGGAAGCCUAAGUGGAUGUAUGAGCUGGGUGCUAAGAGCAGAGCAGAGGAGAGGGCUGGCCUUCAGAAACUACAGCAGAGACACAAGUUCCUGCGGAACCCCAGAUUCCUUCCCCCCAACGCACACCAGGGGGGCAAGUCGCUCAUCCUGCUUUGGGAAAAGGGAGACAGGGGAAGGAAGGGGCAAAAGCAGGAGAGAUCCCCAGCUGAGCCCAUCCCUGUGUUCCUGGCCAAUCCACCUGUUGUCUUCUUCACUGACUAUAGAGUGGGACAGGUAUUUGAGACUACAGUGGAGCUGAGGAACAUGACUGCUACCAGCCGACAUGUCCGGGUCCUCCCCCCCACCACCCCUCACUUCUCCCUGGGUCUCGGCAGGUUUCCAGGCGAGGGGGGUAUCGUAGCCCCUGGGAUGUCCUGCCAGUACACGGUACUGUUUGCUCCAGACUCCCUGGCUGACUACCAAGACUUCCUGGUUGUAGAGACUCAGGCCCAAUAUCCACUGCUGGUUCCCAUCGAGGCCCGCAGACCGCCACCUAUACUGACACUGCCCAGUGUUCUGGACUGUGGCUACUGUCUGGUAGGAGGGGUGAGAUUCAGACAGUUCCUGUGUUGUAAUGAGGGCCUAAGUGCUGGAACCUUCUGCAUCCUCCCCCGGAGACAGUGGCCCGCCUCCAACAUCAGGUCUGUAGUAACUACCAGCUUUGCUGAGGAGCCCCCGUUUGCAGUCAGCCCCUCCCUGUUUGAACUGCAACCUGGGCAGACCACAGUGGUGGAGGUGGUGUUCUUCCCAAUGCUGGCAGAGAGUUGCUCCCAGGUCUUCACCAUAGUAUGUGACAACUGCCAGGUCAAAGACAUCACUGUACAAGGUCAGGGCCAGCUGAUAGGUCUAGAGCUGGUGUGUGUGUCUGGGGAAGAAGAGGUCCCUGCUCUCGGAGAACUCUGUGACGUCACAGCUGAACACUAUGUCCGCUUCCCCACUGCCAACCCUUACUCCGUCCAACAGAAGACACUCACCAUCAGGAACAACACUCACUUGGAGCUGGCGUUCCAUUGGCAGAUCAUGCAGCCCAACUUGCAGACCCUCCUCCCUGGGGAGAUCCCUGACCCCGCCCACAUCCAGUACCACUUGGCCAAUGACGACGUGUUCUACGUCAGCCCCGCCUCCGGCCUGCUAACCCCCCUACAGGACCAUGAGUUCCUCCUUACAUACCAGCCCCAGCAGUUGAUGGACUACCACCGUGUGUGUCACCUGGUAGUGAGGGACGUCCCAGAGCUGCCCAGAGAGGAUGAACCUCUGGACACCGCCCCCAAGGUGAACGAUGUGAUUGUCAUGGAGAUAGAGGUCAAAGGGUUGACACAGGCCUACCAGGUCCUGUUGGAGCCUUACUCUAUUCAUAUCCCUGGAGAGGUGUUCAUAGGCACCACCAUCCGCAGGAGCUUCAAGAUGUGGAACAACAGCAGAUCCAGAAUCGCCUUCCUUUGGGAGAGGAGUGGUGACUGUCACAUCAUGGAGGUGGAGCCCCCUGCUGGGGAAAUAGAGAUGAACGAGUGUUUUGACCUGGAGCUGGUUCUGACCGGAGGGCGACCAGGUGCGGUCAUAUCCAGACUGCUGUGUCAUGUUCAGCACCAUCACCAACCUGUUGCUCUGGUCAUACAGGUCACCUUCAAGGGUCCGCAGGUGUCUGUGAGUGUUCCCAGUCUUGACCUAGGUCUAAUGCAGCUAGGUGACCAGACCCAGGCCACCAUGGUCCUCACCAACACCACUCAUCUAGAGGCCUUCUGGAGCCUGGGGCCAGAGAAGGCAGAGAGGACAGACAGUCUGGAGUCUGGGAAGGCAGAGAGGACAGACAGUCUGGAGUCUGGGAAGGCAGAGAGGACAGACAGUCUGGAGUCUGGGAAGGCAGAGAGGACAUACAGCCACCACACACAGAUCACAGUGCAGCCGUGUAAAGGAGUGCUGCCCUCUCUGGCCUCCUGCAGUGUAGACAUCCUCUUCAGACCCCUGUUCUGUCAACACUUUGACACCGUGCUUGAGCUGGCUGUGGAGAAUGGCCAAGGAUGUCACCUGUCGGUGCAGGCAGAUGUCCACUCUCCUCAAGUGUGUCUGUUAACCUGUGAUCUGGUAUUCUCUGAGCUCUAUGUCGGAGUUCCUGCCCGGGGUUCCAUCACCCUGAUCAACCAGACCCUGCUGCCUGCUCACUACACCUGGACCAUGCUCCAGGGCCAGCAGGCGUCUCUGUGCUCGGCUAGUUUCACUCCCUCCUCUGGAACUCUGGGACCCAACGCCAAGAAGGACGUCACUGUGGCCUUCACAGCUCACACUGAUAUGGAGUUAAGUGCAGUAGCAGCGUUGUGUGAGGUGACAGGGAUGAAAGAUCCUCUGGUUUUGCGAUUCUUCUCUACAGCCCAGAGACUCAACGUGUCCUACUCUCUACUUAGAGACUGUCCUGGAUUAGAUGAAGAGGACCCUGCUGUAUCGUUGGUUCUGGACUUUGGAGACAACGUCCUGUUGAAGCGACCAAUCACCAAGCAGCUGGUUAUAACCAAUCACACAGCAAUCCCAGCCCCCUUCACUCUGGAGGCGGAGUACUUCACUGGACACGCCCCCUCACCACCAGCCGGCCAAUCGCAGCAGAGGGGCCUGCAUGUGAGGAAGCCUUUACACUCUGUUCAAGCUAAGAAAGUAGAGGACAAGGCACAGGAAGGGUUUGUGAGUGGGCUGUUGGCCCAUGGGAAGGGUGCAGCGUUCUUCGUCCACCCAGAUUGUGGCAUUCUGGGAGCGUUUGAGACUCAAACCAUCGACAUCACAUCCUUCACCAACAUGUGGGGGGAAUACAGAGACCAGCUCAUCUGUAAGGUGGGGGACCUCCAGCCCAAGCUGAUCCCCAUUCAGAUGACAGUGAUGGGCUGUCCUCUUUACUUCCAGAUGAUUGGUCCACAGCCAGACAGACAGAACCAGGGACCAAUCAUACGGUUUGGUACUCACGUCUCUGGAGGAGACACAGUGUCCCGCUCUCUACGUCUGAACAACACAAGCCCCUACGAUAUCCGUAUGGACUGGGAGAGCUACAACGUGGACCAGGAGGACAGGAAGCUGCUGGAUGUGGUGGUUGCCUACGGAGACGCCUUUCCCCUGAAGGACGCAGAUGGCAACGAGGUGGUUGGGGGCGGGGCCAUGUCUAAUGAUACUCCGCCCACUUGGGACCGGAGCCACACACCCAGCACUGAGGGAACAAGCUCCUCCCUCAAGAGCAUGUCUGACCUUGAGGAGGAGAAGGAGGAGGAAGGAUCUGUCCACUCUGCGUCUCCUCAGAAGAGGCUCUUCUCUGUCUUCAUCAGGCCGCAUGAAGGCAACGCCUCCGACUACCCAUACUGCAUCACUCCACAGCAGAUAAAUGUCCCAGCAGGGGGCAGCAGCACCAUCCACGUCUCCUUCACUCCCCUGACCCUGUCAGAACUGACCUCUAAUGCUGCCUGUGUAUCCUUCGCUUUGGGCUUCAUGAGCCUUGACUCCAAGGUGUCGUCCUGUAUCCCAGGUAAGGUUCAAAGGGCUCAGGGUCAGGAUCUGGAACCUCUCAGAUUGGACCUCCAGGCCUCCGUCAGACCUGCCGUCCUGUCAGUGCAGAUGGAGGAGGAAGAGGAGUGUCUGGAGUUCUGUGCUGUGGCAAGUGAUUUAAUACAGGGCGAGCCACACAAUGAGAUGGUCCAGAGGAAGUGUUCCGUCACACGGACGUUCCAGUUGAAGAACAGUACAGAGAUGCCUCUGAGUUUCAGGCUGAGCACCCAGCCUCCCUUUUCUGUACUGCAGCCUAGAGGGUGUGCCGGGACAGCCGACUGCUCCUCCCCCAGCCACAGCCUCCCACCUGGGGACAACCAGCUACUGCUGCUCCAGCCACGACACAACAAGCAGGUGAAGGUGGCGUUCCACAGCUCUCUAUCCAUGCUGGCCUAUCUGAGGCAGUCUGCAGAGGAAGUCCCGCCCAACGUGUCUCUGGUUACCAAUGAGAGUGGAGAGAGGAAGCUGAGGUUCCGGCAGACCCUGUCAGUGCAUUACAACAACAACAGUCUGCAGACCGUGCCACUCUGUGCCCACCUGUCCCUGCCCACUGUAAGUCUUUCCUGUGACAGUCUGGACUUUGGUACCUGCUACGUGGGUCAAACCCUGGUCAAGGAGGUCCAUCUUUCCAACCGAGGAAGCUCCUCUAGCUACUGGAGAGUAAUCAUAGACUCUGGUGAGGAAGAGGAAGGGUCAGAGUUCAGAGUGACUCCUGACUGUGGGGUCCUGAAGCCGUUGGAGUAUCCUGUCUCCUCUUGCACACAGCCCCUACAGAUCAGCUUCACAGCCAGCAAGGAGAGGGAGUUUCAAGCCACAGCCGUAGUAAAGGGGUUCCUGGGGGAGCCCCCUUAUCGCUACACAUCCAGGGACGCGGCUCCUUCGACCAGAGAUUUGUGUCUCUACUUACCGACAUUUAGCAGGAGUCUCAGGGGACAUGACCUUAACCUGAGAACACUGGCAACAGUUGUGUGCACUCUUUGCCUGUAUUUAUCACGCCUUGUACUUAGUGAAUAGCACAGGAGGUUGGUGGCAUCUUAAUUGGGGAGAACAGGCUUGUGGUAAUGACUGGAGCGUAAUAGGUGGAAUGGCAUUCAAUAAAUGGAACACAUGGUUUACAUGGUUUGAUGCCAUUCCAUUUGCUCCGUUCCAGCCAUUACUUGGAGCUGUCCUCCCCUCAGCAGCCUCCACUGGUGUGUAUGAUGUUACUGUGUACGUUGUUGGUUUAUGGAAAUGAACAAUUCAACUAUU